AUGUUCUUUAAACGAGUAUCAUCACUUCUAACAAUACUUAGUAGUGAGACAUUCGGUAGGAUUGACUUCAAAUAUCACUACAACAAUCCAUUGUCACCUAUCAAGCACAUCAACAGUACGUUCGGCACCGUCGAGGACUUUGACGCGUUCAUCAAGAACAACGACGAGGAUCUUGUCAAUGACUUGCUCAAACGUCUCAGCCGCAUCUAUCUUGGCCAUCGUGGCAUCACACCGCUCCAUGAGCACGAGUGCACCGUCAAGACUCUGUUGAACAACGUCAAGGAUUCGCUGACCAAGAUCAAUCUGCGACUGGCCAUCGAGGAGGACCUGCCCAUCUGUCUGCAGUACAUGAACGGCUAUGAGUUUCCCAACCUCUCGAUCAUCUCAAUCAGCUUCCUCACCGAUAUAUACGAACAUGAUGCAAUACUACAGUUGCUGGAGCGUACCGCACCGACCCUGACCAAACUGACAUUCAUCUCGCUCAACAAGGACAAGGGCGACCCUAACGAUAUCGACUAUGACCUCAGACGCAACACCACCAGGUUCAUGGAGCAGCUGUUUGCCAUUCUGGCCAAGAGUCGCAUUGAACGUCUGCACUUUAAGAAGCUGUACGUGGGCAAGCUGGAGACAUUGCUGCAUGGAUUGACCACACUGAAGCACCUCAAGAUGCUCAAGCUGCCCUAUCUCUUUGACUAUUCUGCCGCAGAGAUACGCGACUUCCAUCUUGGACUCAUACCCUUCAUCAAGUCAAGCAACAUAACCAUGCUCAGUGUUCCAUUUGGCGUGGGCGCCGAUCUGCUAAUGAGUGUCUCCAACAAUCCCAACAUCUUCUCGAUGCGUCUGUCACCCACUGGCAUGACCAAGCUGUCGGACAACCUCAGGAGACUCACGCUGCGCGAUGAGAUACCCGUGCCAGUGUUUACAUCAUUCAUAUCGAUGAACCCUUGCACCAACCUUGUGCGACUUGUGAUGCUCGAUCACCGCCACUACCUAACUGAGGAGAACUUUGAGGAGUUCCUGGUCUUCCUCAAGACCAACAGGAACCUGGCCAGCUUGUAUUUAGGCGACUACAUGUACUUCACUUACGACCAGAAGUAUUAUAUAAUUCGUGUUUUGCGCGGCACUGGGUUGCACACACUCAAUCUGAGCCUGACCGACCCAGAACACUCAAUGGACCCAUUCGAUGACCCGGCUGCAAUGACAGAGCGCACAGAGAAGGAAUACAAAGACAUCGAGCAAGUCCUCUCCGAAUUGUCAUACGACUACCAGCCAACGACCAUUGACAACAUCUGUUUUGAUAUCUGCGAUUAUGCUCAAAUCAAGAAGCACUUGGAUGAGCGCUCUUACCCCACGUAUGACUUUAUCAGUGGAUAUAGAGAGUGGGACUGUGUCUCAUUCCUUCGAAUCAAAGAUUGGCCAGCGCGAUCACCGGAUCAUCUACCCUAG